AUGCCAACCGUAGAAGCUACUGAAAACACUAAAGUACUCGUUACGGGCGCCAACGGUUUUGUUGCAAUGGGUAUUAUUCAGGAGCUUCUUCAACAAGGUUUCUCUGUCCGUGGAUCCGUACGGUCUCAUGAGAAAGGAAUGCAGUUGAAAGAAAUCUUUUCAACAUACGGCGACAAGUUGGAGUACGUGAUUGAAGGCGCCUUUGACGAAGCAGUCUUGGGUGUUAAAGCUGUACAGCACACAGCAUCCCCGGUUCCUGGGUAUUUUCCCGACGAGGAUCCUUUGGAAGUGGCCCACAUGCGACCGUUCAAUGGUCCUACAGUUCUCGAUGAGAAUGAUUGGGGUGACGAAUAUGUCAAAAUUGUGGAAGAACGAGGAAAGGAAGCGGCUAUCAUGGACAAAUAUUCCGCUUCAAAGACGCUAUCCGAACGAGCCGCCUGGGACUUCUAUGAGCAACACAAGAAAGGAGUUGAAUGGGACCUUGUCGUGAUCAGUCCUUCUCACCCUCUAAACCAAAACUUCAAGACUGCAGAUGAAGUGACUCGAUCAGUCCAUUAUUGGUACGAAUAUAUGUUUGAAGAGCAACCUGCAGAAAUUCUCAAGGCGACGACAACCUAUGUCGACGUCCGAGAUAUAGCAGCUGCUCAUGUGGAAGCGCUAAAGAAGGAAGCUGCUGCGGGACAGUUCUUCCUUACUCACAAACCCGAAUAUUUUGCCAAGGGAAUCCUGAAGGCGCCGCUCCCAGACCUGAAGGCUGAGGUGAUGUUCACCAUUAAUUCACGAAAAGCACAAGACAUACUCGGGAUCAAGUACCGAAGCUUUGAGGAAACCAUGUUGAGCAUGUUAGCUGAGUUUGAGAAGAGAUGCUUCUUUGACUAA